AUGGUCGUGGUGGUCGCUCACUUGCUUGCAGGUGAGACUGCGCCUAGCGUCCACUUGCUGACACUCAACUCUCACCUGUGGCUCCACGUAGCUGGACUCUGCUCAGCGGCCACACCCCGGGCAACCGUCUCGACCGGCGGGCUAAACCAGGUGAGGAGGCCCUGUGCGCUGUGCCGUGUGCACAGGGUUUGUGGAUUCCGCUGGAUGGAAGGUCGGAUGGAACCUUGCGUCGGCACCGUCGUGACGUGGUUCGUCUCUGCACGCCGUUGGACAGCCGGUGACGGGAUGGAUCUCCACAUCGACAUUGCCUUGACGCGCCCACCUACGCCGUCGGAGACCGCGGCUUACGGCGAAUUCGAGUCGCUCUCCACUACAACCCGAAGUCGUGGUCCCAUAUUGGAGUUCGGCCGUGCCACAACGGCACAUGGCAGCCCUAUUCAAGGGUGGCACUGCCAGCCCCCACGAGGGAAAGGGCCUAGAAAAGGUGGCCUAAACAUUGCUGGGUACCACGCCGUCUCCAGGCUAGCCAGGGCCGCAGACGUCUAAUCAUGGUCGAAACAAUCAAAAUCGAAACAACAACAAUACCAAUAACAACAACAACAACAACCAUACUCAUUCUCCUCAUCCUACCUCUUAUUCCUCUUCCUCUGCCUAUUCUUCUGCCUAUUCUUCUCCUUCGUCACCUUCUUCUCCAUCUCCUUCCCGUCGCCCCACUCGCUGUCACCAGACUGGCAGGGUGAGCCCGCUCACUCUGGCGGCCUGGAAUGCUCGUUCCCUUUUAGACAAUCCGAGGAGCAACCGACCGGAACGGAGGACGGCGCUAGUGGCACGAGAACUGGCGCGCUACAAGGUGGACAUCGCCGCACUCAGCGACACCCGAUUCUCCGAAAAAGGCCAACUGGAGGAGGUGGAUGCCGGCUACACCUUCUUCUGGAGCGGUCAACCCAGGGCAGAGCGACGGAACGCGGGUGUCGCCUUCGCCAUUCGGAACGACAUCGUAGGACGACUGCCCUGUUUGCCGCAGGGCAUCAACGAUCACCUGAUGAGCCUCUGCCUGCCUCUCUGGGGAGGCAAAUUCGCCACCAUCAUCAGCGCCUACGCUCCGACGAUGACCAACCCCGACGCCGUCAGAGACAAAUUCUACGAGGACCUGCACGCCCUCUUGGCGACUGUGUCGAAGGCGGACAAGUUGAUUAUCCUUGGUGAAUUCAACGCCCGCGUCGGCACAGACCAUACUGCCUGGAGAGGUGUGCUGGGUCCCCACGGUCUCCGCGGCUCAAAAGACAAUGGUCUGCUGCUUCUCCGCACCUGCGCAGAACACCGCCUCAUCCUGACGAACACCUUCUUCUGUCUGCCGGAGCGAGAGAAGGCCACUUGGAGGCAUCUUCGGUCGCGCCAGUGGCACCUGCUGGACCAUGUCCUCGUCCGGAGGCGAGAUCAGCGGGACGUGCUGGUGACGAAGGCGAUCGCGGGUGCUGACGGGUGGACCGACCAUCGCCUCGUCAUCUCGAAAUGCGUUUCGCCUACGGCCUCGCAGGAGACCACAAGGUAAGCGAUCCCCAGGUAAGCUGAAUGUUGCCUUGUUGUCUUUGCCCGCUCACCAUCUUCAUUUCAGCAAUGAGCUAGCUCAACGGCUAGACAACCUUCCUAUCGCUGCCGAAGCCGCCGCCGCCGAGAACGCCUCCGUGGAGAACCUGCCCUCACUGCGACCGUACCUUCACCUCACACAUCGGCCUAGUCGGUCACUUGCGAAUCCAUCGCACAGAGACUGGCGAACCAGUGCGUGAAGCACAAACAUACACCCACCACACUCGCCUCCACUCCCCACACUGCCCUCGCACCUUCAGGCAUCGCAUGGGCCUUUUCGGCCACAUGCGCAUCCACGAGAGCGGCCUUGACCGCACUCCCGACACACCCACCACAUCCAGCACAUCCACCGUGCACACCCCCACCCUCGUUCCAUCCGUCCGCGCCACCACCACCACCGCCUCCUCUACAGCUGACACUGACUCCGCCGACUUCUCAUGCCCACACUGUCCACGCACAUUCACCUCACGCAUCGGCCUGGUCGGCCACUUGCGAAUCCAUCGCACAGAGACUGGCGACCCAGUGCCUGGAGCACCCAACUUAUACCCACCAAGCUCGUCUCAACUGCCCACACUGCCCUCGCACUUUCAGGCAUCGCAUGGGCCUAUGCGGCCACAUGCGCAUCCACGACGACCUGCGGUAGACAACCGCCGGCCACACCACACAUUCACUCACUCCCUACCUCCUCCACCACUACCAUCACCCCACCGGAAAUCAACACUCACACACCUCAUGCACCCAACUGACACCUCCCACGCAAGUGGGAAGUCCGCAUCUGAACUCGGUCCCCAUGCGGCUUCGGCUGCACGGGUGACUUGA